UGCUGUCCAUCUUCUUUCCUCUGUACCCACGUAGAGCAACAAAUCUAGGAUAACACAAAGCUCGUCUUCUGAGGAAGUUACCCUCGAUAAAUUAUGGAAGAUAUCUCUAUGGAAGAAUCUUCACCAGCAGCAGAUGUAAUUGUGAAAGCCACUUUCCGGCUCUUGGUCCCUGCCAAUUCAGCAGGAUCUAUAAUAGGGCAGAAAGGAGAGUUCAUUCGAAAGAUCAGAGAAAAAUGCAAACCAGGGGCUUACCUCAGAGUUCCCGAAAUGCCUCAAUCCUCCGAACGAUUGGUGUUGAUAACAUGUGAGCUAGACGAUAUCCCGAUCAUUAUCAAACAACUAUGUCGGCCUAUCUUCAAGGCUCUAAAAGAAGACCAUUCCCUUCCCGAAGAGCACUGUGGGGAGAUUUUGCUGCUUGUAAACUCUCAACAGGCCGGACGUAUUGUUGGCAAGGGUGGAGAAAAAUUGAAGACAAUCAGACUGGAGACUGGUUGUGAGCGGUUUAAGAUCUACAAAGACAGACUUCCUUUUUCUGAAGAAAGAGUAUGUGAGAUCAAGGGAUCUGAAGACUCAGUUGCGCUUGCAGUCCAACAAGCAAUGGAGAUCCUAGCAACUCACCCCCUCGACCAUGACCACCAGCAUUACAUGCCAUUUAGUGAAAUGUUGGGAGACACAGCAGGAGAGUGGGGUGGUUACCUCAGAUUCAAGGGGCAGACAAGGAGAGAUGACUUCAAACAGCCCCUCAGACGUGAUUAUGGUUCAGACCCCCAUCGUGGGUAUGAACGACCCUCCUACGACCCAAUGCCACAAAGCUACAACUAUUCUCCCAGAUCACGAGCUCAUAGCAGUGAUCGCAACGUGCGCGCCUCGCGUAACGACAGCAGCAGGGAGAGGAGCAGAGACCGGGGAUAUGACAGAGACAGAUCUCCUAUUAGGAGCGAUGUCAAGGAUAUUUACGUGGAUGACUGUUACACUAAACAUGUCAUCGGUAGUAAAGGGUCCCAGAUUGCUAAAAUACGGCGUCAAUCGGGAGCUGAUGUUCAGAUUGCUAAGGACGAAACAGUUCAAAAUGGUGAACGAAAAAUCUCUAUCUCUGGACGACCCAAAGAUAUAGAAUACGCUCUCCAAUUGAUCAAUGAAGCUAUCUCUGAAAAAAUAAACCGCGACAGAAAAAACGGUGUUACCACAGUAACCAUGGCAACUCCUGGCACCGUCUCCUCCGGUAACAUUCCUCCCGGUCAAGAUUUCGAAUACGUAAAUGAACUGUUCGACAGGAUCUCCUCCAUGAUACCCUUUACUGAUAUCCUCAAUACGGACCCAACCCCCAAGGAAGAGGAAGUUCUUAUCUCCAACUCAGACACAGCAACAGUAAUUGGACCCAAGGGAAUCAGAAUCAAGGACAUACGCCAGUACACCAAGUGUGACAUAAACAUCGAGAAUGACAAGGACGUUGAUGGAGAGUCCAGGAAGGUCACCCUGCGUGGUUCAGCCAGACAGAUCCACCGGGCUACGUUCAUGGUUCAGAACAUUGCCAAGGUCAUGCGGUGAAAUAAUAUGACUUUUCUUGAAUUUUCCUACCUUUUUUUCAAACAGUUGUGUGUAUAGUUUAGUUUUUCGAUCGUUUUUAACGCUGUACCUUGAUACAUGUUCUAUUUCUGGCUCUUGUUAAGCUAGAGAAUCUAUUUGCAGAAUCAGCCUUUUGAUUGUUACAGUUUAAUUUAAUUCCUAUUUCAAAUAAUUUUUUACGCUACAAAUCUUGUUUCAAAUGAGA